UGCAGAGUGAAUAUAGAGCCGCGCAGAGAGAGCAGCGCUCAGUGAAGCACCGCACAGAGGAGACGUAAAGCAGGAGGAGACGUAAAGCAGGAGCACAGCGGGAGGACCGGCGGACGUACAGAUUUCACUUUCCCUGGACUAUACUGGGACUCAGAAAGAACUCCCAGUGAAGAAACACCAGAACGCAACACUGGUUUUUAAGUCUCCUCAACGCAAACAUUUAACGACACUUUUCUUCACUUUACGGCACAACCAUGCUGCACAUCUGCCUCGUGUUCUUGUUGUCUGCCUCCGUUCUCUCAGAAUCGCAGGUGAGGGAGACGGAGACAUGGAUGCCCAUGAAGACCCCGCAGACGGUCGCCAUGUCAACGCGCCAUGGCAACCUGGAGUCGUCGGGAGACUCGCCCAACGGCUCCGACUUCGGCUUCACGGACGACGAAGACGACACGAACGACGGAUUCGAUGACGAGGAAGACGACGACACGCUGGACGAGGACGAGGACUACGAGUUCUCCGGAUCCGGUGAUGGAGAAACAACCGUGUCACCCGUUAGAGAGUCCAAACCAUCAGUUAAGCCUGACGUAAACGACAACAAGAUCCCAGAGGUGGAGCGCCCGGUGCGGCCGACCGUCAACGAGGUGGACCUCGUCCAGAACCGCAACGAAAUCCCCCACCUGAAGAAGGAGGCGGAGCCCGGCGAGGAGCACCGGUCCAACGUGCUCAUGUCCCACGCCAGCGACGAGAGCAUCUUUAACAAGACGGAAGUCCUCGCAGCUCUGAUCGCGGGCGGCGCCGUCGGCCUGAUGUUCGCCGUCCUCCUCAUCCUCCUCCUCAUCUACCGCAUGAAGAAGAAGGACGAGGGCAGCUACGACUUGGGGAAGAAGCCCAUCUACAAGAAAGCCCCCACCACAGAGAUCUACGCAUAGACCCACAAACACACACAAACACACACACCUCACUCCCUUAACCCUUAACCACCCAAUCAGGGCCAGCGUCUGGCCUCACAGUGCCUCAUCAUCAUCAUCAUCAUACCUCCUCCUCCUCCUCACUUUUUCUUGAGCGGAUUGACGCUCGGUAACGCAUCAGGAGAGAAGCCCCGACCACACAAUCGAUUGACUGACUCCUCCCACCUGAUGCAUGCUAAUGUUAUCGGUGCUCUCUCAACCAAUCAGAGGCUCUCUUGGCCCUCUCGUCCCUCCCUCUUUUUUAUUUUGGUUUUGUCAAACAAGAAAAAGGAGCAACGGGAGUGGACAGUUUCAGCUGCGGUACAUGGUUUUGUCUUUUUUUUUCUUUUUUUUAUCAUUUUGUCUCCAUUUCAAGAAAAAACUAAAAACAAUCAACAGAACUUACAACUGAGGACUCUCCCCUCCCCUCCCUCUCUUACUCCCCCAACCUCUCCAGUUAAAAACACUAACACUGUGCAAUGAUUCUUUGUCUCGGUACACGUUAACAGUCCAGUUAUUUAUUUUCCUCUCUUGUUAUUCCUCCUGCAGCUCCUCACACCGCUGUAGAAAAAUGACUUUUAUGUGAACACUUUUAUUAGAAAUGUUUUUUUUAAAGAACUCCUUGUAACGCAGAGAGAUUUGCUAUUUUUUUUUUUUCUAUUAAAGAUCCCUUCAUUAUGGGGAAAGAAUUGAGCUCAACGUUGUUCAAAUUCAUUUUGACUAGAGAAAAAGCUACUGGAAAGCUGUGUAGAUUUUACUUCUGUCAUCCGUUAAAAAUGUUAAUAAUUUCAAGAUUUGUUCCUUUCUUUUUAUCCUCACACUGCCCCUGCAGUUACAGGACGGGCAGGAAAGUACUUGCAAAUCAUUGUUUCAGAUUCUAUGACGAGUAAAAGUUCAUUAAAACGACUUUAGUCUUUAAAACCUUCUGGCAUGUUUUGUACCGCCUCAUGUGGGGAAAGUCCCGUCAGUCUGGCACGUAGCUGCCGAUAAGGAAGCUGAACUAAUCCGGGAAAAGAAUUUGCAAAUACUGUAUGACCCAGGUCACAAACACACACACACACACACACACACACACACACACACACACACACACACACACACACACACACGGUUGCAUUGCAGCGUGCUUUUCCUUUUUUAAGUCUGGAGGAUGUUUUUACCACUAUGAUCGUUACAGCUGUGCCUCCAGGGUUUGUUUUCUGUUAUUGUGGUGAACUCGACUGGAGUCAAAACCAACAUGCUCCUACAGGGUGACACACCUACAUUCCACACACACACACACACACACACACACACACACACACACACACACACACACACACACACCAUGACGACUGAAGCUGCUGACCCUCUUUAGCUUAAAGGAAUAGUUUAACAUUUUGGCGGAGAGUUGAGAUGAGCCCGAUGGAAACCUCUCAUUAUCAGUGAUAAAUAUGGCGCUACAGCCAGCGCAUGGUAUGGUUAGCUUAGCAUAGCAUAAAGACUGGAAACUGAUGGAAACAGUUAGCCUGGCGUUGUUCAACAACUCAGGACAGUUGUAUGAUCACAGAGUUAGAACGUGUGAGAGUUAACGAUACCAUACGCUGACGAUGCAGCGCUUUAUCCAACAAAUUUUGGGUUUACUUGCUUUACAUUCAUUCUCGGGUACUUCCGCAUUACAAAGUAAUUUAUAUUGUAACUUUCAAAAUGUAGUUUUGUUACGAUGACAACCACAUGUUAAUGAGCGCCCUCUUAUGUUUACCAAUGAGCAAGAAGCCUUGUGUGAUUCCACAGGAGGGUUAUAACUAUGUCAGGAAGAUUCCAGCAAAGAAAUAGUCCGGCACAAUAUCUGCUUUUUUAAAAUGAAGUUUAAACAAACGAGAGAACGUGUUAAUCUCCGUCACCUUUUGGACGGAGCCAGGCUAGCUGUUUCCAGUCUUUGUGCUAAGCUAAGCUAAGAUAACCGGCUGCAGACACUCGAGAGUUUGCAUCGAUCCUCAGAAAUCAAAUCAACGUAACUCCUCCCAGCUGUGAAGCUUUCCCUGUCGUGAUGCUCUCGUGCUUAUCAUCAUUAACUUGUUAAAACGUUUAUAUUCAAUGAAUGAAAUGAAAAUACAUUUUUUAAGCUCUGUGAUCGGAGAAACUGGUACUUUUGGUACUUUCUGUUGGUUUUUUUGUUUGUUUUUUUAAAUCAUGGGGGUUUGAUGAGUUUCUUAAUAAGCUACAACGACGGUUAUAUAUUUUUCAUUGUGGGGUCUAAGAGCAUUCACUGAAGCUGUGAUGGAAACAGGUUUGAUGCUCACAUUUCAGACUGCUCUACCAAGGAUUUGUGUAUAUAGUCAUCAGAUAAAAAAAUAAACAAAAACAAAAAAAAUAUGAACUUGGUUCUCUGCCACUUCCUGGCAACAACAAAUAUCUACCAAAUAUUUAAAUGCCAAAUUAUUUUUAUUUUUGUUUCCCCCCCGGCAGUAACGUUCAUGUGAUUUCCUGUAAAUGUAAAUGAGACUGUUUUGAUACUACCAAUGCUAAUACUAACUCCUCAUUGAUCUCCAGUGGGUUAUUUUUGUUUGUUUUUCCUCCCGUAGAUCAACAUGUUCCUUUUAUUCUUUUUUUAUUUUUAUUAAUUUAACUGUCAAAUUAUUUUAUUGCCUUCUUUCAGGUUGGGGUGUUUCCCCCUUUUUAAGCUGUUGUAUAUGUGAUUUAAAAAAAGUUUUAUAUACACUAGUGUGAGAUUUUCAGAGGCAAAUAGUUUUGAAACUUUUUAUUUUGUAAGAGUUUCUAUUAUCUUUUAGACCUAUUUUUGUUUUUUUUGCUCUUUGUAUUUAUGUCGUUUGUUCGUAGAAGGAUUGCUUAUGUGGUCGCUGUUCAUCUCGUUUGUUCAGGGGAUGUGAUGAGCCAUGUCGUCAGAAACAGACCCGGGUUCGUUACCAGCUGGAACAGUUUCAGCUUUUUCUGAGAAAAUUCUUGAUUUUCUAUUAGCCUGGUAAAAUUUGCUAACAUAAAUGUUGAAAGUCAAGGUCUCGACACUGUUCAAGGCUUUUUUACCUCCAGACAAAGAAUAAAAACAUUGUAAUCAGAUAAAACACGGAUACUGACCUCAGCCUCAGACGGAGGAGUAUCUCUGAUUAGAUUUGGACAAAUGAAUCAACUUCUCUGUCUCUUUUGAGGGUGAAAACACUUUCCAGGUCAGACAGCAAACAGUUAAAAAGAUCUCAGCUGGUAAUGGUCUCCAGGUCUGUUCAGCGAUCAUGGGAGAGAAACGUACGUUCUGCUGCUUAAUGUCACAAAACACCACAUGUGAAUCACCAAUGGAGUGGAGAAGCCAAUGAAUCAUUGGUUUCUGCAUGCAGGUUCUGAUUUAUUAUUGGAAAUAAAGCUAUUUUUAUGCACAUUAACAUUUUAAAA